AUGAAUGAUGACAGGGAGAAGGAUAACGCUUUCGUCGUCAACGCUGCUGCUGCUGCUGCUGGCAUCUCACUGAACAGUGACAACGCGGAAGACAAGACUAAGAUUCUGGACUUUAUCGUCAAGGAUUUGAAGGAUUCGUCGGAAAACAUCGACUCCGCUAAACUGCAAGCCGCCGAAACCUUGCUGUUGCUAGGCAAUGAGCCGAACGGCUCGGAACCGCAUGAUACUGCCGUACUCACGUCGAAACUGUUGGACAACAUUUUAAACCUCACUACUUCAUCAUCGUCGUCGCCUACAAUUUCGUCAUUCCUUCCUUGCACAACGGUGUGUGCUUCAUCGCCACCGUUCUGCUGUCCGGCGGUCGCGACCGCCAUCACUUUUACGGACGCUGUGGCACUCACGACGGCGACAGCUACGGUCAUGGCCAUGGCUACCUCGACCCUCGCCUCGCCGGCGCUCAAUGGCGACUGCGAAGUCGAGGCGGGAAACCCUGAUGGACUGGCGAUGGCAGCAUCGGCCGCUGCAACGGUGAGCCUGUCGACCGACAACCUGUACUCCGCCUGUGUCCCGUCGUCAUCGGCAUUAUUCCCAACCGAAAGCUUUCAUCAGCUCGUAGAGCAUUUGCCCGUGUUGUCGGCCGCCGACUUCAAGCACAUCUUCCGAGACACGGAUUUCUCAACUUUCGAAGAGUCAUCGAAGCUCGGCGAUGCCGCUAUCGCUCGGACUGGCAGCUUUGCCUUUCUCAACGGCUGCGAGACAACAACGGCUACUUUCGUACAUCAGGCUCAGGAAGAGAUAGCGGGCAUUGGCUGCCCAGUCAAGGAUUUCACGAAGCUGUCACUGAAUGGUAGUGGUGGAACCGAUGUGGGCGUCAAUCACUCUUUCGACCUGAUCACCUCCAUUUUGGAUUCGCCCGUCAAGCGGCUUCAUCUCAACCACCGAAACAACGGCGUGUGCAACGGCGGCGCGACUUUCGACCACCCACAGUUGCGGCGAUCUAAUUCGUUGCCGACCGUCUUGCCUUCGUUGUCCCCUCGCUUCCAUACCCCACGCAAGCGCGGUUCCUCUCUGUCCUCGCUGAGCGACGCCGUGCUCUCUCACCACAGCCGACUGCCCGUCCGUACCGACUCGCCGCUGCAGGGCACCACCAAUGACGCCGAAUGCAUCACCGUUAUGGGCUACGAUCUGCCGGCGGUCAAUGUUGACAAUAGCACUGAACCACACGUGUGCGUUACGGAUGUGUUUCAGACUUUUUUCAGCAGCAGACACUGGGAUGAGUUCAAAGAGAUACUUCACAAGAACGACAUUCAACCGGUAACUGCUGUGGCCAAGAACACGCACGGUUUGCCCGAGGUGUUCGAUGCGAUCACCGUUCACCAGGUGGAGCAGUUGUUGCUCAGUAACCAGGCUCGCAAGGAUGGUUUCGUCCGGUGUAUUCGCUUCAGCUCUGCGGCUGCGGCAUCCGACGAAAUUCUUGCCGAACAGAAGAUUAUAUUUGCCGCUGAACGACAGGUUGGGGAACUUCGUAGCGGCAUUCGUACGAGACAUUCUGACCAGUCGGACAUUCUGUACGUGGAGUACGAUGGCAUUACAGUGCCGAGCAUUGUCAUCAGCGACGUUCAGUGCGUUCGACUGGUGGACAUCCUUCAUUCCGUGCUAAUGCCAGCUCCGUCGACCAUCACCGCUCGCCACCUGAUGACCCUCAGGAAUAUGUGCUCGCGGCUCGGCAUUGACAUCUACAAGUGCACGCCGAACGAGAAGGCGCGUCUGGUCGUCUACGCCAAUUCCUACCGGUCGAACAGCCUGCAUGUGAUGGAGGCGGCGAAACUACCUCAGCUGGUUGCCGACUACAAACUAAAACGGAGCCGCAAAAAACUCGGUGUGAAAUGCUCAAUAAAUGGCAUACCAGAUGAUCAAGAAUCUCAGGCAUCGAAUGACGGCGCCAGCGAGCUGCUUACGAAGCCGUUGAACAUCGAUACAAGGAAUAAGUUGGAAGACGAGGCCUCAUGUUCUGGCGGCAGCACUGACGAACUGCUUGUCUCGCCUCUUUCGUGGAACUCGUCGCCGACCGCCACCGACAGCAGCAGUGGAGAGCUGCUGCUACGGCGUUCACCCAUCGGUUCCAGUAGUCACUUGUCGAAGCGCAUUGCAUUCAGAGUGGAUCCUCUGCGCGAUCUCACCAUAGGCAUGGACUACGACGCGAUGCGCAGCCAAAUGCUGGCACAAACUACGCCGUGUACAGUAAUCCUGGAACGAUCGCAGCCGCUGCCUGUGUUCGCCUGUAGCAAGAAGCGGUUUCGCGGUCCUACGGGUUUGUUUUUUAACCACCUGUUUGUGUCACGCUCGGCGCCGUGUAUCUGGUGCUACGGCUGUAACCAGAACCUCAGCAUCACGCAGUUUCGCAGACACACGCACCCGAUGAGCGAGACACCAUCAACGCACUCAUCAGUCGCUCUGCCUCCACCGCAGCUGAUGCUGUUCGUCGUAGACCCAUCGAAGACCCGGUUCGACUUAUGGUGCGCCCUGAGGCACAAACUCGUCCAGUUUCACCUUAACAGUGACGAUGUUGACGACGACGGCCACACCCACUCUAACAACCUCCGGUACGACCACGUCUGUGGUACAGGUCCCUCGCCGCAGCGCUCUGUCCGAACCAAGGACAGUUAUUACAAUCCGUUCCGCUUAAAGCAUGUCAAUAACUUCAACCAUAUCGAUUCGGCCGCCGCUGGAAAGAGGCCGAAAAUCACCGUUGUCAAUCCCAAAACAGGAUUGGCCUCAUCCUCGUCGAUGACGUCGACGACCACCGAUCCAUUUCCCAUGCAAGUCCCUCUCCCUAUGCCGAAUUGUAAAAAGUCUACCAUUAGGGGGGACACAUUCGCACUCGUGUUGCAACGGUACCAUACCGCGAACGCGAAUCCUUUCUCGUUUGACGACCUCACAAUUGGCUCGUCAGAGAAACUUAAACAAGAGGUCAUUCAACGGUGGUAUGGCACGAAGUGA